AUGUGUGUGGAUUUCACAGACCUAAACAAGGCCUUCCCGAAAGACUCCUUUUCGUUGCCUCAUAUCGAUCAGCUCAUUGACGCAACAGCAAGGCAUGAGUUGUUAAGCUUCUUGGACGCCUACUUUGGGUACAACCAAAUCCUCAUAGAGGAGGAGGACUUGGAAAAGGCUACUUUAAUCACCCACCAGGGAACAUACUGUUACAGAGUCAUUUCAUUCGUGUUGAAGAAUGUAGGGGUGACCUAUCAAAGGUUAGUCACCAAGAUGUUCAAGGACCAACUCGGAAAAACAAUGGAAGUUUAUAUAGACGACAUAUUGGUAAAAUCAAUAAGGAAGGAGGACCAUAUCGACCAGCUGAGAGAGGCCUUCGGUAUACUAAGGCAAUACGGCAUGAAGCUAAACCCCGGAAAAUGCGCCUUCGGCGUAACUUCGGGCAAGUUCCUCGGCUUCCUGAUAUCACAAAGAGGCAUUGAGGUCAACCCCAACCAAAUCAAAGCAAUUGAGGGAAUACCUAAAGUAUUAACCAUGAAGAAUAAUGUGCAAAAACUGACAGGCCGUAUAGCCGCCUUAUCGAGGUUCAUCUCAAGAUCCUUCGAUAGGUGCCACAAAUUCUUCAACGUGCUAAAAAAGAACAACGAUCUCCAGUGGAAUUCAGAAUGCAUCGGGGCCUUAAGAGAACUAACGACAUAUUUUCCCUUGCCCCCACUACUAGCCAAAGUAGAACCCGACAAACGCCUCAUGAUAUACUUGGCCAUGUCAGAGGUCGCAGUAAGUGCAGUACUGGAGAGAGUACUCCCAUCAGACAAAAUAGAAGCCAAAAAGCUUCGAAUGCAGGCGGUCAGAAAUUUGGCUUCUGGUGCACCUACACAGUUAACUAAUAUCUACCCUUUUCCAUGCUCGGAUCACAUCAAGACGUGCAGCGCGUUCCUCUAUCAGCAUAAUGGCCUGUCAAAACAGAAUAUCACCAAGUUUUACUCAGUUAAUGUAUCAGCAAUUAAGCCGAUUAGCUACGAUGACAGACAAGACUACCUAGUAACUGUACCUUGUACUUGUAAAGAUGUUAAUGGAACUGUUGGAUAUUUCUAUGACACAAGUUAUAAGCUGCAGCUACUGGAUACAUUUGCAAAUGUUUCUAAUGAUAUUUAUAGUGGCCAGGCUUGGAAAGUUGGUGGAGAAGAAGAAAGUUACAAAGCUGAGGAUGUAGUAACUAUGCAUCUAUUGUGUGGAUGUGUAGAAGAUGACCAGAAAACUGUAGUGACAUAUACUGUUCAGCAGCGCGAUACGCUAUCAAGUAUUGGAGAUUUACUUACUUCUCAAGUUAGUGACAUUGAGAAGUUGAAUCCUUCCUUGGCAAGUCCACAAUUUGUAGAUAUUGGAUGGCUUUUAUAUGUGCCCAUGUACAAAAAUGGAGUUCCUCUACCAACAGGAAAGAAGCACAAGGCGCACAAAUGGACGAUACUAGUUGGAAUAUUAUCAGCUGUGACAGUACUUUCAAUGUGUACUGUUAUGAUAUUUAUUAUCAGGAGAAACAGAUUGCAAAAACGCGCCAAGGAAGAUCGUGCAGCUAUUUAUAAAAGCUUAAGUACUAACAAAACCAUGUCUUUGCAGAAGCAGUACAUGUACAAAGAUCAAACUGAAGACAUUCCAGUUUUUGAAUCUGAAAGGCCAGUAAUAUACAGUCUUGAAGAAAUUGCAGAAGCUACGUGUGAUUUUGACGAGUCUAGGAUAAUUGGACAAGGUGGAUAUGGGAGUGUAUACUAUGGGACAAUUGGGAAGCAGGAAGUUGCAAUAAAAAAGAUGAGGUCUAACAAGUCCAAGGAGUUUAUUGCAGAGCUCAAAGUCUUAUGCAAGAUCCACCACAUAAAUGUGGUGGAGUUGUUGGGUUAUGCCAGUGGGGAUGAUCACCUCUACUUGGUUUAUGAGUAUAUCCCAAAUGGUUCUCUCAAUGAACAUCUUCAUCAACCAAUGCUAAAAGGUCAUAAGCCUCUAAGUUGGACUACAAGAACACAGAUAGCUGUAGAUACUGCAAGGGGUAUUGAGUAUAUCCAUGACCAUACAAAAUCUCGGUAUGUUCAUCGUGAUAUAAAAACGAGCAACAUUCUACUUGACGAAGCCAUGAGAGCUAAGGUUGCAGAUUUUGGUCUGGCGAAACUAGUUGGUCGAACCAAUGAAGAUGAAUUCUUAGUGACUCGCCUAGUUGGAACACCAGGAUAUCUUCCCCCUGAAUCUGUGAAAGAGCUGCAGAUAACUACCAAAACAGAUGUUUUUGCAUUUGGAGUAGUUCUUGCAGAACUAAUAACUGGCAAACGGGCACUCAUUCGCGAAAAUGGAGAUCCUAACAAGAUGAAAUCACUCAUCUCAAUUAUUCAAGAAAUAUUCCAAGAUGAGGAUCCAGAGUCAGCAUUGGAAUCCUUUAUAGAUGGAAAUAUAAAGGGAUGCUAUCCCUUGGAAGAUGUAUACAAGAUGGGAGAAAUUGCAGAUUGGUGCCUAAGUGAAAAUGCAAUUAACAGACCAGAAAUGCGUGAGGUGGUUGUUGCAUUAUCUCAAAUCAGGAUCUCCUCCACAGAAUGGGAGGCAUCAUUAGGAGGAGACAGUGUGGUUUUUAGCGGACUCUUUAACGGGAGAUGA